UAUAAAUAUACCGGCAAGGGAUGCGAUAUCCAUAAACUUAUAAGAAAAUAAUCAGAGAAACAAGCGCAGCAUAAAAAUGCACGGUCAUCUCUCACAGGAUACUCUGGUUGCUGUGCCGGCCGCUGUCAUUUGGGAUGUAUACGGUAGUCUCGAGCUCGGAAGGCUUGUUAACAAACUACUAGGGGACGUUAUUGGAAUCGUAGAAGUGAUUGAAGGUGAUGGAGACGUUGGAACUCUUGUCAAGGUCACAUUUCGGCCAGGAAGCCCUGUAGAUGGCUAUAUGAUUGAAAAAUUCACAAAAGUUGAUGAUGAAAAUCGAGUUAAGGAAACUGAAAUCGUUGAAGGAGGGUACAAAGCUCUUGGAUUUGAUCCUUUCCGAGUUCGCUUGGAGAUUCUGGAGAAAGAUUCCCGAUCAUCUAUCAUCAGGUCAUCGAUAGAGUAUGAAGUAGAUGACAAGCUUGCAGCAGUUGCUUCCCAAGUGAGUAUUAAGCCGCUGGCAAUGAUAGCAGAAGCAAUUGGGAAGCAUCUCCUUGACAAGGAAACAGCUCAGCUGUAGGACUGUUUCCAACUACGUUUUUCAACCUGAAGAAAUAAGGAAUUAAUAAGAAGUCCUGAAUUAGUCCCAACUAAUGAAUAUUGAAAGAUGUUUGUUUUCUUGUUUCAUCAAGAUGUGCUUCAUAGUAUAUCAAUUAAUGUACAAUAAGAUUUGCUGGAUUAUUGGUAUU